AUGACAGCAUCGAACCUCGCGACCGAUCAGGAAUCACUGGGCUUGCCAGGUUGUGAGAACUUGCGGACGUCACGACAGCCUUCGCAGUCUGUGGAGAAUAGCUUCCAUGAAGCCAACAGCAAUCAAAAGAGGCGCUGGCCAGACCUCCUGAAUCCCUUCAGAACAAGAUCAAAACCCCAAGUGCCAAACGAGAGACAACCUAGUCCGGAAUCUGGGGCCAAUUUCCUUAGCCUUCUUACGUUCCAGUGGUUGACUGAUCUCAUGCAGGUCGGGUACGCCAGACCACUUGAGCUGAACGAUAUCUGGAGCGUCGGUACAAGUAGAAGUGUGCCCGUCAUGCAAGCAAAGUUAUCGGCGUCCUUUGAAAAAAGAUUGCAGAACGGUGAUAGAAGUCCGUUAAGAAAUGCUCUCUAUGAUACUUUUCGAAAAGAGUUCUUGAUUGGCGGCGCUUGUUCCUUGAUCGCUUCCGUCCUGCAAGUACUUUCGCCUUUCAUGCUACGAUAUCUUAUUCAAUUCGCUACAGACGCAUACACCGCCUCUCACGGAGGAACCGAGACUCCGCCUGUCUCUCAUGGCAUAGCCUGGGUUGUCAGCAUAGCCAUCGUAGAAAUUGUGCAGACACUAUGCUUCAAUCACUUCCUCUACCGGGGCAUGAUGGUGGGCGGCCAGUCCCGCGCAGUCCUGAUUGCCCUAAUCUUCAACAAGGCGACUAAGCUGUCAGGCCGAGCCAAAGUUGCAGGAGCUACUAUGGAAAGACCAGCGCCUGGCAUGAAGCCAGAUAGCGAACAAGAGAAGAGGUGGAUAAAGAGAAACCUCGGCAGGGCUGGGACUACCACAGACCGAUUGGGUUGGUCGGACGGAAGGAUUAUCAAUCUUAUGUCUAUGGAUACCAGUCGUGUUAAUGCGGGCUCGAUCAUGUUACAUUUCCUCUGGACCUCCCCAAUCGCCAUUUGCCUGGCUUUGGCGCUGCUUCUGGUGAACAUAACCUACAGUGCAUUGCCGGGUUUUGCACUACUUAUUCUGAUCAUGCCGCUUUUGGCGAGAGCUGUGAAGGCAAUGAUUGCUCGGCGCAGAGCCAUAACUCCGAUCACAGAACGCAGAGUUUCCCUUAUACAAGAAAUCCUCCACAGUGUGCGACUCGUCAAGUAUUUCAGCUGGGAAUUCGCUUUUCUGGAUCGUCUAAACAGGAUCCGUAAGGAGGAGAUUCGCGGUAUCCGGGCAAUGCUUACCAUCCGCCACGCCGUUACCGCAAUUGGCACGACCAUAUCGACUUUCGCGGCGAUGUUAGCUUUCAUCACUUUCGCCCUUUCGGGACAUAAGCUCACGUCGAGCCAUGUUUUUUCAUCGCUGUCACUUUUCGGUGCGUUGAGCAUGCCAUUGAAUCAAUUGCCUCAGGUGCUUGGACACGUCACUGAUGCUGCACAUUCGAUCUCGCGGAUCCAAGAUUUCUUGCUUGCAGAAGAAUUCGAAGAUCCAGUGGUCUGGGACUUCGACAAUGACAAAGCCAUCGUCCUAGAGAACGCAGAAUUCGUAUGGGAGCGUAGCUCUGAACUCCAGAGGGGCGUUGAUGCGAUCGAUGAGGUUUCUACAGUAAACCAUGGGCAGGUUGACAAGAAGGGCUGGAAGCGGGCGGAGUCAUGCGUGAAAACACAACCACCGACUCCCGGAAUGUUGUCUAGCCAGCCGAACCCAAGUAUGGAGCCAGCCUCAGAUGAAAGCAGUUCAGGGAAGCCAUUCAGUCUCGGCAAUCUCAAUCUCACUGUAGGACGCCACGAGCUUGUUGCUAUCAUUGGCCCUGUAGGCUCCGGUAAGAGCUCCCUUCUCGCAGCGUUAGCUGGAGAGAUGAGAAGGACCGCGGGUUCCAUCACGCUCGGCGCCUCUCGGUCAUUUUGCUCACAAACAGCAUGGAUACAGAACGCCUCUGUCAAGGAGAAUAUCAUAAUGGGAAGGACCGAGGGGUUGGGAGGCUCUACAGCUAACGACGAGUGGUAUGCACGGAUCCUCGAUGCCUGCGCGCUCCUACCAGAUUUGGAGAUAUUUCCGCACGGAGACUCGACCGAGCUCGGUGAGCGAGGGAUCAAUCUCUCAGGUGGCCAGAGACAGCGACUCAAUAUUGCUCGGGCGAUUUACUCUGGCGCAGAGCUGAUUUUGAUGGACGAUCCUUUGUCAGCGGUUGAUGCCCAAGUCGGACAGCACAUCAUGAACAAGGCUAUUUGUGGUUUUCUAAAGGAUCGGUGUCGCAUCCUAGCGACGCAUCAGCUUCAUUUGCUUCACCGCUGCGACAGGAUUAUAUACCUUGCUGAAGGUCAGAUUAUUGCAGAUGGCACGUUUAGCGAGCUCAUGGCAAACAGCAUACCCUUCCAACGUAUAAUGACCGAUGUCACUCGUGAAGAUGGAUCAAGAGAUGACGGCAAAAACGAACAGCAAACCGAGGAAAGAGACACUUCGGGCAAAGCGGUUGACCUUCAGCCUGCACUCAUGCAGGCUGAGGAGCGUGCUAUCAAGCGCGUGAGCUGGUCCGUUUACGCCGCCUACAUGCGCGCAUCCGGGACCAUUCUCAACCCGCUGGCAAUACUCGUUCUGCUGAUUGCCACUCAAGGAUCAAGCGUCAGCACAGGCCUUUGGUUGUCAUGGUGGACGUCUGAUAAGUUCGGCUUCCGCCUCGGGACCUAUAUUGGGAUAUUCGCCGCACUCGGAGUGACUCAGGCAUUUCUUGCCUUCGCAUUCUAUGUACGCUUGACCAUUUCGUGUACCAAUGCAUCUCAAGCCAUGUUGCGAGCAGCUGUUGCCCGUGUGCUUCGCGCCCCCGUGUCCUUCUUCGAUACGACACCACUUGGCAGGAUCACCAACCGGUUCUCUAAGGACGUUGAUACUAUGGACAACAAUCUUUCUGAUUCGCUUCUCAAUUUCCUACUCUUCAGCAGUCAGAUUGUUGCUGUCUUUAUCCUGACGAUAGUUUAUUUCCCAUACUUUGCUGUUGCACUUGCGGUGCUGACUAUCUUGGUACUCUUCUCCGUCAGAUAUUACCGAUCCUCAGCUAGAGAACUCAAGAGGCAUGAGGCUUUAUUGCGAAGUCAUGUCUUUACUCGCUUCGGAGAGGCGAUCUCGGGAGUUUCGACUAUCAGAGCUUACAGAUUACAACAACGAUUUACUGCAUUAGUAAACAGCGCCGUGGAUGACAUGGACGGCGCGUACUUUCUAACUUUCGCUAAUCAAUGUUGGCUCUCUACUCGGCUAGAUGCCGCAGGUAACGCAAUGGUACUUGCUGUCGGGAUACUGGUUGUGACGUCGCGAUUAUCGAUUAACCCAAGCAUCAGCGGUCUGCUACUGUCAAGCAUGGUCUCCGUCGUCAAGUACUUGCAAUAUUCUGUUCGUCAAUUGGCCGAGGUGGAGAACAACAUGAACUCAGCAGAACGUCUCCACCAUUACGCCGCAAGUAUCGAACAAGAGGCUGCUUUCUGUACUGCCGGUGUGCCGCCAACCUGGCCAGAGUGGGGUGAGAUUGUUUUUGACGACGUCCAUAUGAGAUACCGUAGAGGACUGCCGGAUGUUAUCCACGGGUUGAACAUACGUAUCAGGCCUGGCGAGCGAAUGGGUAUUGUUGGUCGUACUGGAGCGGGCAAGUCGUCGAUCUUAUCAACACUUUUCCGGCUAGUCGAGCUCAGUCAUGGCACAAUCAUCAUAGAUGGCAUGAACAUCGCGAAAAUCGGUCUCCAUGACCUCCGCUCCCGUCUAAGUAUCAUACCUCAAGAUCCGACCCUCUUCCAAGGUACCAUACGCAGCAACUUGGAUCCUUUCAACAAGCAUACAGAUCUCGAGCUAUGGUCUGCUCUCCGUCAAGCUGAUUUAGUCGCCGACGAUCAAGGCAUCAAUGGCAUUGGAGGCCAGCAUGUUCACCUUGACACUUCAAUAGAGGAGGCCGGCGCUAAUUUCUCGCUCGGCCAACGUCAGAUGAUAGCGCUUGCUAGGGCGCUCGUCAGAAACUCGCCAAUAAUCGUUUGCGACGAAGCAACCUCGGCCGUCGACUUUGAGACUGAUCGAAGAAUUCAAGAGGCGAUUAUGCGCGGCUCCAAGGGCAAAACACUACUCUGUAUAGCUCACCGGCUGAGGACUAUUCUCGGAUAUGAUAGAAUCUGCGUUAUGGACGCAGGUAAGAUCGUCGAGCUCGACACGCCUCUUGCACUGUGGGAUCAGGGCGGUAUAUUCAGAUCUAUGUGCGAUCGCUCAGGUAUCGCACGUCAAGACUUGAUAGACAACCAGGACAAAUCAGAUUCGAUUGGCGGAAAGAGCUGGGACGGAUAA